AUGCCCGAGCUCAAUUACUUCACCUGUACGCUGGGAGAAGCCCAGGCUCACAGAGACGAUACAUUCGCAAACAUCACCGACUUCAUCGAGCAACAAGCGAAGUCAUAUCCCGACUAUCCUGCAGCUGGAUUUUAUACUCCUUCAUCAAAGUCGAGCGCAACGUGGCACACGGAUAUCUUUACUUUCCAAGAUGUUCUAUCCCGAUCGGUUGGCACAGCAAAUGCCUUGGCGGGAAUCCUAGAAGUGGAUGGCAGGAAAGUGGUUGCCUUGCUCUGCCCCAGCACCGUCGAAUUUUUAUUCACCUGGUUGGGCCUGAUUCGACUCGGUCAUUCUGUGCUGUUGGUCGCUCCGCAGAACUCGUCGAAAGGGGUGGCAGAGCUUUGCAAGCAAUGCAAUGCCCAGAAUCUCAUCUUCGACAAAAAGUAUGAGCAGCUGGCGGAGGAAUCAAGGGUAGAGGCCGGGACAGACUUUGAGUUGAAGCUGCAUAAUUUACCACAGGUUGAUCGUGCACGCGCUGAUCGUCCAGCUGCCGAAGGAGAGUUGAAGGAAGGCGUGUCUAGAGCUGAUAUUGCAUACCUUUUUCACACUUCUGGCACGUCAAGCGGUAUUCCCAAGCCAAUCCCGCAGUCCCAUUAUGCCGGCGCGGGAGUCUUGCCGCGGCUCGACGGAUCAGGUUCUGCAACCUUUUCAAGCACUCCCUUAUAUCAUGGCGGUAUUGCGGACCUCUUCCGUGCGUGGACAAGCAGGGCGUUGAUAUGGCUGUUCCCGAGCAACGAUGUCCCCAUGACAGCUGCCAAUAUUGUUCAAUGCCUGAAGACGGCGAGUCAGACAGAAGGUCCUCGUAUCAAGUACUUCGCAUCAGUGCCGUAUGUGCUUCAGACCAUGGCCACUGAUGAUGUAGGCCUGCAGCAUCUGCAGGGUAUGGAGAUGGUGAGCGUGGGUGGAUCUGCUCUCCCCGAGGAAAUCGGGAACAAGCUAGUCGAGCAAGGGGUGCGUCUCGUGUCUCGCUUCGGGAGCGCAGAGUGCGGAUUCAUCAUGUCAUCUGAGCGAAACUUCGAAAUGGAUCGCGGUUGGCAGUACCUCCGACUCUCUCAGGCAGGAGCAGCAUGGCUCAAAUUCGUGGAGCAAGAGAGCGGUCUCUUUGAGCUUGUAGUAUUGCCCGGUUGGCCGCAUAUGUCCAAGCCGAAUCGUGCCGACGGAUCGUUUGCGACUUCUGACUUGUUUGAGCGACAUCCUGAGCUACCCGACGCAUGGCGCUAUCAUUCCCGAGCGGACUCUCGGCUGACGCUUACCGUCGGAAAGAGCUUCGACCCAGCGCCUGUCGAAGCGGCCUUAGUUGCUCGCUCCGAGCUUCUUCAGGAUGGGCUUGUGUUUGGAGAACAGAAGCCAUACCCCGGUGCUUUGCUCUUUCGAUCGGCCAAAGCUCGAGACAUGAGCGACGAAGAGCUUCUGGACCGAGUGGCGCCUGAGGUAGAACGAGUCAAUGGAGAUGGCGAGGCUUACGCGCGCAUCUCGCGCAACAUGCUCAUCCCAAUGCCGCAUUCUGAAGAGCCGCUCGAGAAGAGCAGCAAGGGGACAGUUCUCCGUGGCAAAGCCGAGGAGAGGUACAGCUAUGAAAUCGAGUCAGCAUACGGCCAGACGUCAGCUCUGAAGCAGAAUAUACCCGACGACCAAGUGAAGUGUGUCAUCACCGGGAUCGUCGGCUCCGUCAUGGGUUGCCAAAACUCCCGAGCAGAGGAGCUGGACUCGCACACGGAUCUGUUCGCCUACGGCGUCGAUUCCGCGGCAUGUUUGCAGAUACGCCGCGCCGUGUCGGUAUUGUUGCCUGAGAACUCUCCCGUGCUGCCCAUGACCAUCGUGCAAGAUUGCGGCACCAUAGCGCAACUCAGCAAGACCAUCCUGGACAUGCGACACGGCAGGCACACUGGGCGCGACGGCAGCAGCGACCAGCGGGCACUCAUGCAGAGUCUUGCCGAGCAGUAUGGCCAGCUUCAAGCGGGCGUCUCCAACAUUUCCACCACCUCUCCGGACGCCUCUGGACGUCGUAAAGCAAAGACCAUCUUGAUGACAGGCGCCACAGGUGCGCUUGGAAGCCACGUGCUGGCGCAGCUUCUGGUACGCCCGACAGUGUCGCGCAUCCAUUUGCUUCUUCGCGGCGACAGUCCAGAGGCUGCAGAGCAGCGCGUGUUGAAAGCGCUAGAGCAACGAAACCUUGCAGCAGCGCACAACUUCAUGACCAAAGCCGUCAUACACACAUGCAAUUGGUCCAGCCAAAGGCUGGGCCUUCCGGAAGACAUAUAUCAGCAGCUCGUGCGAGAGGUCGACGUGCUGUACCAUCUGGCAUGGGCAGUCGAUUUUACCCUGCCGCUGAAUGCUUUCAAGCAGCACUUUGCCGCUCUACAGACCCUGCUCAACUUCGCGGUAAGUUCACUGCACCACCAACACCAGCCCGAUGGGAAGAUCACCCCUCUGAACUUCGUGUUUUGUUCGAGUGCCGCUUCCGUCGCAAAUUACUCGGUUUCGUUCUCAGGAGGAACGGUUCCAGAAAGAGUCAUCACAGACCCCAGCGUAAGCAGCCCUGCGGGCUAUUCUCGCUCAAAAUGGGUGGCGGAGAACAUCUGCCAUCAGGCCGCACUUGCCCACCCAGAGCUUGCGCAAAGCGUGAGCAUUGUGAGGCUCGGCCAAUUGAGUGGAGAUACUGUCCACGGCAUCUGGAGUAAGUCGGAAGCCUAUCCACUGAUGCUAGCGAGCGGCAAAGUGACCGGUUGCCUUCCAGAUCUUCCACACGAAGCUGUUGCCUGGCUGCCGGUGGACAAAGCUGCCGCCGCUUUCAUCCAACUUGGACUUGGUGCUCUCAAGCGGCAUCAGGAUGAACAGAUUCUGGCGCUGCAUGUGCUGAAUCAGGACAGCACCACCAGCUGGAGCAUGCUUCUCGAUUGGAUACGGAGCGUAGAGCCCUUCGAAGUGCUUCCAUCGAGUGAGUGGCUCCUGAGGCUUGAACACUUGAGCAGCAAAGGUGAAGAAAGCCGCGGCGAGAAUGGUGAUCGCCACCCGGCUCUGAUGCUGCUCGACUUUUGGAAAAAGGCGUAUGGCCGCCAUGACGGACCAUCAGGGAAGGAGGCCGCCUCCUGCCGCCUCGAGACCCAGCGCACAGUAGCAUCAAUGCCGACGCUUUCUGAUAUCCAGCCGGUGGAUCGGGAGUAUGCGCUCAAGCUCUGGAAAUGGAUCAAAGAGACCGUAUAG